AAGCGGCAGUGUUAUUGUAGACUAUGAGAUAGCAACAACUGGGACAUUAUCAUCCUCCAUCUUGCAGGCAGGAAACAACAAAAUAACAUCAUCUCUUCUUGAGAAAGGCUAUAACGUUAACGCAGCAUCUUUUACCGGAUUUCAAGGGUUAUGUAAUAACUCGGACUACGGUGUUGGACAGGACCUUGACAUAAUUAAAACAGCAUGCCCAGCACAACAGAUUGGAAAUAUCAAUGUACAAUGCAAAAAUGGGGAAUGGUGUAUCAUAGAGAACACAUGUGUAUUAAAAGAAAUCAAUAACAUUCUGUCUAACGCUCAGAAUCUGACAAACAGCCCAGAACCAGUAACUGAGCUACCCAUCUUAAUUGAACAGCUAAAUAAUACUUCAACAGUGUUUAAAAACAAUAUAACUUCAUCAGCUGCAACCAUUUCCUCAGUGGUUGAUAUAUUGACAAUCUUUUCAAACACUGCUAAAAAUGUCACCAUUACUGAGGCUGAAUUGGGGGGAUUUAUUGGAACAGUGAACAAUAUAAUAGGAUCGGAAUCAAUAAAAUCCUGGGAUGCCUUAAAUAAUCAAAAUGCUGAUAGUACCAGCUCUCGUUUAUUGCAGUCAGUGGAACUUUUCGCUACGUCAUUCUCUACAAAUUCUUUUUUCAAACUAGAAACAAACAACAUUAAAUUGAAUGCGAUUAAAAUAACUAACAAUGACAUUGCAUACAAUGAGAGCUUUAAAUUUAAUAAUACAGUCCAUGGUAGUGUAUCUAUUCCUUCAUCAGAACUAAGCACUCUUCCUGUUAUCGUUAGCAUUGCUUACUUAAACAUUUCAGACAUCCUCCCACUCAGAAACAACACAACAAAAGGAAAAGUAAAUGGCAUUGUGUUGACGACAGUAGUGAAUAGCGUAAUUAAAAAGGUUUCCUUGGACUUUGAAAUGAAAAACACUUUUUUGGAUAAACCUGAGUGUGUCUUUUGGAACUUCACUCUCUUCAACAACACAGGAUCAUGGGAUACGUCUGGCUGUACAUCAGUGAUAUUGGGAAACAACGUUCGCUGUCAAUGUGAACACUUGACUUCCUUCUCAAUCUUAAUGUCACCCAAAGACCCGUGUAAAAUAUGUACUUACAUUACUUAUAUCGGAUUGGGCAUCUCCAUAGGAAGCUUAGUCUUGUGCCUCCUUAUUGAAGCAAUUGUAUGGCACAGUGUGAACAAAAAUAAAACCUCUUACAUUCGACACGUUUCAAUUGUGAACCUCGCUUUAUCUUUGUUGAUCGCUGAUAUAUGGUUCAUCAUAGGGGCUGCGAUUAAUGCAAACACAGCAGCCUGCAGUGCAGCCACUUUUUUUACUCACUUUUUCUACCUGGCCUUAUUCUUCUGGAUGUUAACUUUAGCUAUUCUGCUUUUCUUCCGAGUAAUCCUGGUCUUCAAAGACCUAGGCAAGUCACAAAUGCUGGCAAUUGCAUUCUGCCUUGGCUAUGGCUGCCCACUUAUUAUUGCUGUUAUCUCGGUAGCUGUUACUGCCCCUAAGAGUAAUUACACAAGAACAGAUGCAUGUUGGCUCAACUGGGAUAACACCAUGGUCCUUCUUGCUUUUGUUAUACCUGCCCUGGUCAUAAUUACCAUCAAUUUGAUCAUACUGAUUGUGGUAAUUGUCAAGAUGCUAAGAAGAACUAUUGGAGACAUGUCUAGGGCUGAAGAAACAAGCACCUUAAAAGUAGUUGCUAGAUGCAUCGCCAUCUUAACACCAUUUCUUGGUCUUACCUGGGGAUUUGGAAUUGGAACAUUGCUUGCACCUGACAACGAGGGAAUCCAUGUUGUGUUCACAGUGCUCAAUGCAUUUCAGGGAUUCUUUGUUCUAGUCUUUGGAACCCUAUUGGACAGUAAGAUACGAGAUGCACUGCUGAAGAAAUUUUCGAUAUCAAAAUACAGCUCUCAACAAACAAGUACAACUGGUGGUAUUUCGAGUGAUAGAUAUAAUAUCUUUGGCAAAAAAAAAAUCCACAGACUGCAUGAAGUCACAAACUCAAGUGAUUCUCCAUUAAAUAUUGGAUUCUAUUCUAAGUUAAAUCAAAAUUAAUAAACAUAUUAAUUGAGCAAUAGCUCUAAACUGUAAAGACACUGAAAUAUCUUUGCACAUAUCUCUUGAUGUACAGUAUAUUAUAAUUCUGGCUUCUGUUUUUUUAAAAUAUAAAUUUCACAUUUCAGUGCCUAUUAAUGCAAAUCUGUAUAUUUGUCAAGUUAUGCAACUUUGAGUACUUUCAAUAAAUACUGUGCAUACUUUAGUGCUAACUUAUGGGCUAUGCAUUAACUAGAGCUUUACAUUUUAACUAUAAUGUUACUUUGAACUACUGUACAAAAACUUGUUCUUUUAAUAAAAAGAAAAACAACAAUUAUUCUUUUUUGCUUUAUUGACCACAAACAAUAUGGUCAUGAAGCAAAUAAACACAGGAACAGAACUUAUAUAUUUUGAAUUCCAACACUGCAGAUGAAAAGAUGAAAAGACCUGCAUGCACAUGGUAUAUAUUUAUAAAGCAAUUAUGGUAGAACUUUGGAUUACAGUGCACAAAUAACUAUGUAAUUACUGUGUAAUUUUAUGGUAAUAAUCCAGUUUUACUGGGUAAAUGCCAAUUGUUUUCCGUUCUUUCAUUGUAACUACUGUUGGAAUAGGCUGGAAUACUGUAACUGAAUAACUCAUUUAUUUGCUGCCUGUUUCUCAUUGCAAUCAGUAACUGCAUUAAUGAG